AGAUUUUUUGGGUUACUUUCUUUUAUUCAUUGCAAGAUUCUUUUGUGACAUAAUCUUUAUGUUUGAAUGGAUUGUAUACCAAAAAAGCUUCUCAAUUCUCGAUUGGGUUUCAGCAUUUUUGUAUUGAAUUUGAGCAGAACUUGAAUGUCACAAAGACUGCUCUUUUUAACAACAAAAUUUUGACCUUUUUCAACUUGUCCUUUACUAAUUUCCUUGAAGAAAAUGCAGCAAAGAGAAUUUCAGCUCUUCUUUUGCUUCUAUCUCUGUUUUCUUCUUAGAUUAAUGGGAUUUUGAUUUCUUGACUAAAUUUCUAAUGCUUACCUUAUAUGGAUAAAUGGGUUUCCUUUGCUAUAAGCAUUUUUUUAGUUUUUGUUCUAUAGUUGGGAUUCCUUAUCUUUCCUUGUAUAGUUAAAUUCUCUCAGCAAACAAACAUAAAUUUUCUUUCUUGGUUGGCUAUUGAUAUGCAAUUCAGCUGUAAAAAAGCUUCUUCUUUUUUGUUUUUCACAGGUGAUAUCAGCAUGACUUAACAGGCAGAAGCUUAAUGGUGAGAUAGCAUCGCCUUCUUUUAUUUAUUUAUUUCUGGGUUUCAUUUAUUGAGAUCGAUCCAAUUCCCGUGAAUCAGUCAUUGGUUUCUCCAAAGCCAAAUCCAUAUUCAACUCUUCCUCAAUAUUCGUGGUCAUAAACUAAAGCUCCGAAUCUUCUAUUAGAAAAACGCAAAUAAAUGUGAAGACAACUGGGGCUGAUGAGUUAUUGAUUAGAAAAGUCAACUGCUUUUCUGGGGAUCUGGGCAAUUGGAUUGAAGGUUCUUGAUAAUUUAACUUUGGGGAGGAAAAAUGUUGGAGCAUGAGCUGUGUGCUACUCGGGUUCUUUCGCCGUUCAGGGAGGAAAGCGGCGAUGAAGAGCUUUCAGUUCUUCCAAGACACACAAAAGUUAUUGUCACAGGAAAUAAUAGAACAAAGUCUGUAUUGGUUGGUUUGCAGGGCGUGGUCAAGAAGGCUGUGGGCCUCGGUGGUUGGCAUUGGCUGGUUUUGAAGAAUGGGAUUGAAGUUAAGCUGCAAAGGAAUGCAUUGAGUGUGCUGGAACAUCCUACAGCGAAUGAAUUAGAUGAUGAUCAUGAUUUUGAUAACUCAAGCAGUGGCUCAGAAAUUGGCGAGAAGGACCAUGAUUUCUCCACUAGCAUUGAGUUCCACAGGCCUGCUAAACCAAGAGUUCGACAUACAAAACCAUGGGUUCCAACUGCAUCCAUGAAAUCAACAAAUCGCAAUGGUUACAGAGAUGUCCGAUCCAUUAUUCAUGCACCUCCAUCGGUAAAUCUGGCAAGACUUGACGCCGACUCCUUGCUAAGAUAUUGCAGGCACUUCAAACUCGGAGGCAACAAUGCUUAUUCAACAAGAGAUCAAAUGCUUAAUGCCGUGCAGCAGCAUUUUGUGUCACAGCCACCACUGAAUGAAUUACAAGUGAUCUCGGAAUUCAUCACCGCUGCUAAGAGACUGAAACCUGAUGAGAAACUGAGUGAGCAACUAUGAAUGUUUUUAACAUUGUAUAUUACAUACAUAUAACCUUAGAUUAGAUCUAAUUAAAAGACUAAUUGGGAAGAGUUGUCAAUUGACCAACCGGAUUUCUUCCCCGGAUUCUAACCUUGUGAUGUAGGGCUUCUGCCCUUUGUUAUUUUCUGGUAUAUCUACUAUUCCAAUAGUGUAUUAUUCCCAGCCCUUCUAUAUGUUCUGAAUUUCUACUCUGGGUUUCUUUGAUAAUGGUGGCAUGAUUGUAAAUUUGGGAUGAAACAGAUUAUAGUUUGAGAUCUUUCAAAAAUCAAAACAUUGGUGGCAUGGAAAUAAACCGGGCCCCAAUUAUAUGAUGUUGCUGGCACAGAGACCAGGCUGGCAUUUGGUGUCUCGGGAUCUGUGCAACAGUCGGUGAUGGGGACAUAUAUUCCCGGGCUGCCUCAGGUUCCGAAUCAAAGACUCUUGCUUCUUAAAUAUCUGCUGUUCCAUUAAUGUUACAAAUU